AUGUUGCUCAUUAGUUCGUCAUCGUCGUCAAGACGAUUCCCCGUUUCGGUGACUAGCAAAAUCAUAAACUCAGCUAAGGUUUUCGCCGGUGUAGAAAUGAGGAAUAGUAUAUGUAUUAUUACAACUCGUACAUCGACUUCUACUGGUGCUCCUACAGAUAUCAAAUCACCACUUGUGAAUUUGAAAGUGGCACGUUUAGUAUCUUUGGACGCCAGAAACGAGGUCGUCGUUGGUGGUGGUCGUAGUAAAAUGAAAUUGAGAGCGGUUGCCAGAGACUACUGGAAACUAUCUAAAGGGGGGCUGUCAGUGUAUGCAGCGUUAUCAGCAUUGCCAGGAUAUUUGGUAUCAUGUGGUCUCCUUACUGGUGCUAUUGGGAGUGUAGUAUUGAACUCAACAGGAGUGUUCAUGGGCACUCUGCUGUGCGCGGCGUCGUCUCAAGCGGUUAAUCAAAUAAUGGAGAAGGAAAGAGAUGGAAAUAUGACGCGAACUAAGUCUCGUCCACUACCAACUGGUCGGAUAACGACGUUUGAGGCCGGUGUAUUCGCCGCUCUUACAUGUGGUGUUGGGAACGGAAUACUCUAUAGUGUUGGCGGCGCGGUCCCGGUGAUAGUGGCAUUGUCGACAGCGGCGCUUUAUACGAUGGUAUAUACUCCCAUGAAAACUAAGUCGCCAUAUAAUACGCAUAUUGGCUCUAUAGCGGGGUCUUUGCCAGUCCUGAUUGGAUUCUCGGUGGCUGGCGUACCGCUAUUUGCUGACUUCGCACCGUGGAUGCUAUUCAUGUUACAAACGUUAUGGCAAUUCCCUCACUUCUACGCGUUAGCGUGGUUAUAUAGAUCCGACUACUCAGCUGCGGGGUACAAGAUGUUCCCACUGGAUGAUGAUACUGGUCGUAAAACAGCAGCUAUGUGUUGGCCGUAUAUGGUAGGGUUAGCUGUACUACCAGUGGUGGCUUCGGGGCUGGGUGUGACUAGUUGGAUGUUUGCAUUCUCGGCGAUGGUGCCGAAUUGGGUGUAUUACCGAUACGGGUUUGCGAAGUUUAGUAAAAAUCCGACCGCGGCAUCAGCUCGACGUUACUUCCUCCACUCGGUGUGGUAUCUUGGGGCUAUGAUGGGCUUAUUUGUGUUGCAUGCACAAAGUCCACACUGUAAGGAUGCAGAGGAGGUUGCUCGUCGGGGGUCAUGGUUCUCGGAAGAGAUGGACUUUGCGGAUUGGCGAACUGAAUUUAGGGCGGCGGUGGAGAGGAAAUGGUGCAUUCACGAUUGGUUGAAAUUCGACCCUACGGUAAGGGGUCGGCGUUGAGGAAAUGCAAGAUUGCAAGAUUUGGUAUUUUUGUAAUGUUUGUAUUAUGCGGAUUCCUCAUAUACGAAUCGUAUGUGAUGUGGUGGGGGCAAGGCUGCGUGUGAUUUUAGUUGGCACUCUUGGUGUGGUAGAAAUGGGUGGGAAAUGUGGUAUGGUGAAAAUCGAUCAGAUUUUCAGCGUGUGCCCAGAUGAAUAAAAUUUAAAUUCAAUGUUCAAUUCAUAUUACACGGUCAAAAGAAUAAUCGUGCACAAGAUUACGCGCGCCCUAAUAUUACGAGCAGCUAAUGACGGUUGUAUCGUCGUCACUUGAGUGUAUCACCGAGAAAAGUUCUUUGAAGACGCCCGGGAGCCUAAAACUCGGAAUACUCUGUAUAUACAAAGUCUGUAUUCCAAUGUGUUGCAUUGGUGACAACAGAUUCGAUGUGUACAGCUCGUAUAUUGCGUAUACGUCAAAGCUAAUGUUGAAAAUGUGGGAAUUUGUAUUUCAGUGAUAAAUUCCGCGACUCCGGUAUUGGUCGUAUUGUAGGUUGCUCGAGAGCUGUGUCCACCACGACCGGCAUCGUUAUGAGAUGGGAAGGUAUAUUUU